AUGAUCAACCCUCAUCUACAUCUUGAUACGCCCCAAUCCCACAUCAUCUUCAUCCGCCCAGGCACCGAACCUCAUACAUUGCCUUUGUCGGGUUCUCUUGGAAUUUCGAACAAGGUUUUCUUAGACCUGACACAUAGCGCACCCAAUAUAACGAUUAGUCUUGUUCGGAUAGUCAAAUUCGAUGAUCAUGGUUCAUCUUGCACACACAUCAAGGGUCGCCGGCGGAAUCCUUUUCGACAUGGAGAGUCCGCGACAAAGCAGUUGACAGUACCGGCUUACGAAGAGACGGUCCUUGAUUGUAUUCUUUGGUCUGCAUCUGACAACAUCGCGUCACGUUGGCCUACAAGCACGGGAGAUAGCCUGGUAUACUACUUUGAUAUUCCAGUGCCAAACUGCCUCCCUCCAACGAUGAAAACAACUCUCGGUACCGUCUGUUAUGAUCUGAAAGCCACGAUCAAUCUUCCGUUUGGACGGACAGUGAGCAUAUCCAAGCCCCUUGCCGUGCUUUAUCGUCUUAUACCACCUGUCCUUCCCCCCGACAACUAUUUUCGACGGUUUACUGCCUCCCCACUGGUGAUCCAAACUACGAUAUCACAGCAACGACCAAAAGACGCGACUACCAAAGCCAUGUUCUCCGUGGAGCUAGCAAUUCGGAAUUUGCUGACACCAGGUGCCCGAGAUGGUGAAAUGAAAUAUAUAGCUAUCUCAGCAAUCAAGUGGAGGGUCGACGAAGUAGCUAUGCGCCGUAAUAUAGCCCAUUGUGAGAUGCAGGCUCUUGCUAACACUACAACGACGUCGAAACGGUCAUUGAUAGAAGGAAAGCUCGAACCCCGAUGCCCGAAAGUCAUAUUGAAUUGCUCGGAUCAGAGCUGCCUGCGUUAUGGCUGCUUACGGGUCGACUUCGAAAUCAGGAUUCCGGAAAGUGCAAAUGCUGCAGACGAAAUCUGUGAGAGUUACUGUGGCGGUGACGAUCCACGGAAUAUUUUUCCACUGGCCGAUCUUCCAGGAAUUGCUAUCAACCACGAAUUGAAGGUCGAGCUUAUAACCCGGGAGGACACCUUUAGUGGUAGAACGAAUAAGAAACUGGACCGGAAACCCAUCGCUAAGUUGUACGGUGCAAUAUUCCCGCUGCGAAUACACAAGCUUGCCAAUGAUGUCGACGCGAUGGAGACAUAUUGUCUCGACAAGCCUCCGGCAUUUGAUGUGAUCCAACAGAUGCUACCCCCGAAAUACGAACCAUAA